AUUCUGACACCUGUUGACGUACUAACCUGAUCACUAUUAUUAUAUUUAAUCAUUUUUAUCCAUUGCAAAAUUUCAAUAGAUAUUUGUCACUGAUCGACCGAUAAUUAAUCAUUAGUAAGCAAAUAAGUACAUAUUGUAAUUGAAUAAUUUCGUAAUCGCUGGAAACAUUUAUUUUCCUUUUUCGAAAAUAGAAAAUGGCACGGUACUUCAAAGAAAAAGAUAUUGAUGAGUUUAGGGAGUGCUUCUACUUAUUUGCUCGUUCUGGGAGCAUAAAAACUGUGGACGAACUCAGUAUGAUUAUGAGAAGUCUUGGUCUGUCACCUACGGUCUUGGAAAUAGCAUCGUAUUUGAAAAAGAAGGGAGGAAAAAUGACCUUCGCUGAUUUUUUGGAGGUGAUGCAUAUACACUCACGAGUGGAAAACAUUCCUAACGAGGUGAUUGAAGCCUUCAGAGCAAAUGAUCCUGAUGGAAAAGGAGUUAUUCCAGCCAAAAACUUGCGUCAUUUGCUUCAGAACUGGGGUGAAUGUUUGUCUCCAAAGGAAGUCGACAGAAUUUUUAGAGAAGCCAAUGUAAACAAUAGCAGUAUGGUCAAAUAUGAAGACUUUGCUAAAGUUGCAUGUGCCCCAGUCCCAGAUUAUUACUGAAAGUAUUAACAGUAUCAGACAUAAAUUUUUACACAUUCCACAAUUUGUUUCAAAAUAAAUGAUUUGAAGAUG